AUGAACGUGUCCCUGUCUCUCGGUCUAGGUCUAGGCGCGGAGCCUCUGAUCAACACGACCCAAGUCGCCAUCGACGUCUUUCUCGCAUCCAAGCAAGCCAACGGGCAGAUCUCCGGACUCGGCUAUUGGCAAGUGGCCAACGGCUACACUGCCAUCGCACUUCAUGACUCGUGGACCAACACCAGCGGCAAUGUCGAGGUGCUGAACGAACUUCUCACCGAGGUCGAGGCCAACCAGACCGAUUGCAUCGACGACUUCAACGACGAUUCCAUGUGGUGGGGCAUCUUCCUGCUGGACAUGUACGAUCUCACCCGCGACUCGCACCACCUCGCCGUGGCCCAAAACAUAUGGGCUCACGUUCGCGAGUAUGUGAUCCCGCCGGGGAAAUAUGUCAUCAACGGCACCGACAUGGAAGGCGGAGUCAUGUGGAGCAACAAGAACAACGAGACCCAGGUCAACGCCAUCACCGCGGGCCUCUUCUCCGAACUCUCGGCGAGGCUGGCACUGACACUAGCACCGGCACCGGGAUCGGCAUCAGCAUCGGUACCGGCGAUGGUCCCACCGGAUGGUUCGGGUUCCCAUCGGCAAGAGUUCCUGGACCACGCCAUCUUCAGCCUGUUCUGGAUCCUACGAUGCCGAUACGUCCCGGCCCAGUAUCUGGUCUUGGACCACAUUGAUCUCGAGACGGGCCAAAGUUUCGACUGGACCUUCACCUACAACACCGGCCAGGCCAUCGCGGCGUCUAUUGCCGUCUACGAUGCGAUGAAACAGGUUCAGCCUCAGCCUCAGACUCGGCCCACAGCACCAACCCACUCCAACGUUGCAGGGCUGAGUCCGAGUACGUACCCACCAACCCACUCCAACAUUGCAGCGCUGAGUCCGAGUCCGAGUACGGAUACGUACCUCGAUCUGGCGUGCCAAAUGGCCCGCCACGCCAUGACGCGAGAGAGCUGGAUCGACCCCGACGGAACCCUGACCGAACGCGCCGCCUACCCGGGCAGCCCACCCAACCAGAAGUCGGCGGCGGAAAACGACGACGCCGUGGGAUUCAAAGCCGUGCUGGUCCGCAGUCUGGCCAAGCUGUACAGAAUCUUGUCUCGAGACUGCCUGUACCCGGAUGUACAGGACCAGCUGGUCCGGUUCAUUGCUUGGCAGUUCCAGAGCCUCCAGGAGCGCGAUACCACCGCCAACGGUACGGGCCAGUAUGGACCUUGGUGGGCGGGCCCCAUGGAUUUGCCUACCAGUCAUAGCCAGCUGGCCGCGUUGGAUGUCAUGGCUGCGAUUCACGCGGUGGCUCCGGCAAUAGCCGAUCGUGGUAGCUCAACCCGUGUGUGA